UCGGCUGCAGUCAGAUAACAGAGCCAGCAGUUGGAUCGAGUGUCAGCUGGUCACCAGUCCGACCUGAUGGGCACCAAAACAAUCUAACGGUCCCCUGCGCAGCCCUGGAACCCUCUUCGUUCUGGGUAAUUAAGAAAAGGAAGCUCGGCCUCAGAGUUGGCAGUUAAAAGAAACUCUGGACAGAAGACCUGAAGAAGUCUUGGUAAAUUUAGUUUGGAAGAGACGGGGAGCGGCGGCACGCACCACUAUGAGCGUCCCGCUUUACGCACCGACCCCUAUCCAGCCGGCUCACCCGACCCCCUUCUACAUCGAGGACAUCCUGGGAAGGACCAGCUCAACUGCCAUCUCUUCUUCUUCCUCCUCAUCCUCUUCCUGCUCCACACCGGUGAUCCCCACACCGACACUCCCGUCAGCGAAUUCAUCCUUCACCAGCCUGAUUUCUCCCUACCGGACGCCGAUUUACGAACCCACGCCGAUACACCCGGUACUGUCACACGCUGCGCUGACAGCGACGUAUGGCCCAGUUGGAGCCCUCAGCGGCUCCAUCUACCAGUUCCACCACCAGCAGCACCACCGCUCCAUGGGGGACUAUGCACAGGCGCUGCUCCGACAAGACCCCCUUGGAAAGCCACUGCUGUGGAGCCCGUUUAUACAGCGGCCUCUACACAAAAGAAAGGGAGGCCAGGUCCGGUUCUCCAACGACCAGACCGUCGAACUGGAGAAGAAGUUCGAGACUCAGAAAUACUUGUCUCCUCCAGAGAGAAAACGCCUGGCCAAGAUGCUACAGCUCAGCGAGAGACAGGUCAAGACCUGGUUUCAAAACCGACGAGCCAAGUGGAGAAGAUUAAAACAGGAAAAUCCUCAGGGCAGUAAGAGGGAUGUGGAGGAUGACUGUGUGCUCGGGAAGAGCUGUAAAGCAGACAAAGUCACAGAGCAGGUGGGAAUCCAGAGCAUGGCGCACCGGCAGACUGGCCCAUCCCCACAGCUGACCCCGGGGGGACACCGUGUGCACUCUGGGUCUGCGCAGUCCCCCACAGAUCUGGACUCUGAUGUAUCAGAUGAUUCCGACCAGGAUCUGGAUAUAGAAGACAGCAAUGAGUUAACACUAAACCCAUAAUUGUGCAGCAGGUCAAAUGGAUCUUCUGCAGCAUUCAGGCUGGAACAUAAUCACCUCUGGACCCUUAGACACCAUCCUUUUCCUAAAGAUGGGUUGUUUGCUUUCCUGGGAAGUAGGAAUGCAGAAAUAACCUAAAAAAAAAAGCUACAGUGAAGAGAACCAACAUGGACUUUGGGACUGGAUCCUUUUAUUUUACUCUAUCACUAGCCGUGGCUGUAUUAUUUACAGAAGGGAUUAAAUGAAAUGAUUGCUUCUGUUCUGUACUUACAGUAACUUUUGUAUAUGAUGUGUAAUACUUUUUAGGUUGUAUCAAAACUGAUUGCUACUACCAGAUGAUCUCUGUAAAUAUAUGGUAUUUGUUUCAGAUAUUCAAAUAUAUAAUCAAUGAAGCAUAACAUGUUUAUUCACAUUUAAGGGGCUGUUUUAUGAUCAGAAUAAAAACAUGUUAGGACACAUUCAA